AGGGCACCAACAUGUCUCGGGCGCUCUGCGUUUUUUGCCUGCUGUCCUGCUGCCUCAGCCUCUCCCUCCGGAGGAGCGCAGCCUUCAAUCUGGAUGUGACCGAAACCAUCCUCAAGUAUGGAGACAACGGCAGCUUCUUUGGCUUCUCGGUGGCAUUGCACCAGCAGCUCCGACCACAACCUGCCAGCUGGCUGCUAGCUGGAGCGCCACAGGCUGCCGCUUUGCCCGGUCAAAAGGCAAGCAGGACUGGCGGGUUGUAUGCCUGCCCCCUCACCCAUGAGAUUAAUGACUGCAAGCGCGUGAACAUCGACGAGGGAGUUGAUCUGAAGAGGGAGAGCAAGGAGAACCAAUGGCUGGGCGUCACCGUCAAGAGCCAGGGCCCCGGCGGCAAGAUCGUGACCUGCGCCCACUUGUAUGAAGCACGGAAUCGAGUAAAUGAAUCUCUAGAGACCAGGGAUGUGAUUGGCCGCUGCUACGUCCUCAGCGAGGGACUUCAAGUCGCUGAUGACCUGGAUGGUGGCGAGUGGAAAUUCUGCGAAGGGCGACCCCAGGGGCAUGAUCGCUUUGGCUUCUGCCAGCAGGGGGUGGCAACUGGCUUCACUUCAGAUAGGCAUUAUAUCAUCUUUGGGGCCCCUGGCACCUACAACUGGAAGGGGACCGUGAGGGCAGAGAUGAGUGGCUUGAAUUUGAGUCGCUACGACGAUGGGCCGUAUGAAGCCGGGGGAGAAAAGGACCAGGAUCCCUCGCUCAUCCCCUUGCCUGCCAACAGCUACCUUGGGAUAUUGUUUGUGACAAACAUUGAUAGCUCAGACCCUGACCAGCUGGUCUAUAAAACGCCAGAGCCCAGUGAACGGGUCCCCGGGAAUGUUGGAGACGUGGCCCAGAAUAGCUACUUAGGUUUUUCUCUGGAUUCUGGAGUGGGGAUUACUCGGAAGGACGAGCUGAGUUUUGUAACAGGGGCACCCCGGGCCAACCACACUGGGGCAGUGGUGAUCCUGCACCAGGACAAUGUCAACCGCUUAGUGCCUGAGGUUAUCAUCCCAGGAGAGAAACUCACCUCCUCUUUUGGCUAUUCUGUCGCUGUGGUGGACCUCAAUCACGAUGGAUGGAAGGACUUGGUAGUUGGGGCACCAAACCUCUUUGAUCGCAAGCAAGGGAUUGGAGGCGCAGCCUAUGUUUACAUCAACCAGGCAGGGCACUGGGAGAACAUCCACCCCAUCCGCCUCAACGGCACCUACGAUUCCAUGUUCGGUAUUACGGUGGGUGCUGUUGGUGACCUCAACCAAGAUGGCUUCCAAGACUUUGCAGUAGGUGCCCCACUGGAUGGUGAUGGGAAAGUCUACAUCUAUCAUGGCAGCAACUUGGGAAUUGUCACCAAACCUGCUCAGAUCCUGACUGGGGAGAGUGUUGGCAUCAAGAUGUUUGGAUACUCAUUUUCUGGAGGGCUGGAUAUUGAUGGCAACCUGUACCCAGAUCUCCUUGUAGGAUCACUCUCCAACACAGUAGUUCUUUAUAGAUCCCGGCCUGUCGUCCACAUUUCCAGAACCAUCACCAUCUCCCCUCAGAACAUUGAUCUGGAGAACGUCAACUGCCGCCACCGUGAGGGCAUCUGUGUGUAUGUGAAAGCCUGCUUCAGCUACACGGCCAAUCCUCCAAGCUACAACCCCUCUCUCAUGCUUGAAUACACUUUGGAUGCUGACACUAAUCGCCGGGAGUUAGGCCAUGCUUCCCGAGUUGCCUUCUGGAGCCAGAGGACCCAAGACACUGAGCCCUCUGAGUACUCUGACAUUGUGGUGCUGCCCAGGCAACAAGUCCGUAACUGUUCCACGGCCACACUCCAGCUGAAGGACCAAGUCCGCGACAAACUGCGUCCCAUCGUGGUGGUGCUGAACUACAACAUCAAGCAUGCCCGCAGCCGGCGCCAGGCCCAGGGUGCCACUCUAGCCCCACUGAUGCCUGUGCUGAAUUCCCUGCCACCCAGCACCCAGAGAAUAGAGGUGAAUUUCCUCAAGCAGGGAUGUGGGGAAGACAAGAUCUGUCAGAGCAACCUGCAGCUGAGCUCCCGUUUCUGCUCUCGUGUGAACGAUACUGUAUUCCACCCCCUGCCCAGGGGUGAUGAUGGCUUUGAUAUUUUUUCCAUGAGCGACCAAAAAUUCGUAGCCCUUGAGAUCCACGUCAGCAAUUUCCCUUCAGACACAGCUGAGCCACAGAGGGAUGGUGAUGAUGCCCAUGAAGCCACUCUGUUUGUCCAUCUGCCACCUACUUUGCCUUACUCUGCUGUGCGCCCCUACAAUGCCACGGAGAAGGCUCCAUCAUCCUGUGUGUAUAACCAGACUACCUCACAUGUGGAAUGUGAGCUUGGGAACCCCAUGAAACGUGGAGCACAGGUUUGGUUCUACCUUGUUCUGGAUACCUCAGGCAUUACCUUGGAGACCACAAGCUUGGAAGUAGGGCUAGAACUUUCCACGAUCUCCGAACAACCUGGGUUGGCCCCAGUGGUAGCAUUCGCCCAUGUGAUCAUGGAGCUUCCUCUCUCUGUUACAGGAGUAGUUCAGCCACAGAAGCUCUUCUUCAGUGGAGAGGUGCGUGGUGAGAGUGCCAUGAAGCACGAGAAUGAGGUGGGCAGUCCUGUGCGCUACCAGGUGACGGUCGCAAAUAGUGGUCAAUCACUGAACACACUGGGCUCAGCCUUCCUCAAUCUCAUGUGGCCCCAUGAGAUCAGCAAUGGAAAGUGGCUUCUCUACCCCGUGCGGCUGGAGCUGGAGCUGUCAACCCAGUCUCAGCCCAGCGUAACUUGCAGCCCUGUCCCCAACCCAUUAAACCUAACUCUGGAGUCUCUUCAUCACGGCAGGAAGAAGCGAGAGGCUGAGCGGGGAGAGGUGCCCAGCUGGCCAUGGACUUACCGGGAGAAGCGAAAAAAUGUUACCUUGGACUGUUCUCGGGGUACUGCUCAUUGUCAGCACUACCAGUGUCCACUCUACAGCUUUGACCGCUCCGCCGUGCUGACCAUCUGGGGCCGCCUCUGGAACAGUACCUUUCUGGAGGAGUACUCUGAAGUGAAAUCGGUGGAAGUGAUUGUUCGGGCCAACAUUACAGUGAAAUCCACCAUCCGCAACCUUGUCCUGAAGGAUGCCACAACACAGAUCCCUGUGACUGUCUACCUGGAUGACAGUGUGGCUCUGGCGCGAGGGGUGCCCUGGUGGAUCAUCCUCAUUGCAGUUCUGGCUGGGAUCCUCGUGCUGAGCCUGCUGGUCUUCAUUCUGUGGAAGCUUGGCUUCUUCAAACGUACCCACUACCAAGAAGCCAAGGUGCCACAGUACCAUGCGGUCAAGAUCCCUCGCCAGGAGCGCCAGCUUUUCCGUGAAGAGAAAACAGGCACCAUCACCAAGAAGGACUGGGUUACCAAUUGGAGCGGGGACAGCGAUGGCCACGUUCCUGCCUCAGCCUAGAUGCGUCCUCACUUUGGCCGCUUGUGGCAAGCCACUGACUGGCAAGGAGCUGCCGCUUGAGGGAGCUCUCUGGUGGUGGUGGUGCUGGACUGGCUAAUGGCAGGACUCUUGCCUGCUCUCCUCUACGGACAAUCUGCAGAUAUGGGACGGCUGCCCCUUUCUGCAAGGACUCAGCAGAGAUUCAAGGGAGGUGUGCUUCACACUGGGGGAUUUAUGCUGACAGAUUCUUCAAGGCCAAAGGUUAUAGAGUUUUUCCAGCACUGUUCUCCCCCCCACCCCGCCCCACUUCUUGUAAAGUUGGACAGGAUCCAAUGUGACUGAACUGGCACCAGAACAAGACCUCUGCUUCCCUUGAUGACCUCGUUCUCUGGUUUCCUGCAGAAUCAUCUGCUGCAAACAGAACAGUGCAUUCUGCUGUUGAGAGAUGGAACUGUCCAUCAUCAUCAUCACCACCACCUACCGUACUCCACAUGAACGGGGCACACAUUUGCUGGGAGAGUUGUUUCUUUAGGCAUGGGGAAAACUUCGAUUCCUUGGUGUGUUUCAGGAUAUGUUAUUUCAAAGCCAAAUUACUGUGAUGGAGAAGAUGUGAGGAAAAACUGCUGCCUUUUCAGCAAGAUCA